GGGAAAAAAUAACGAGGAAAAAAACAGAAAGCAACUGCAUGUGGCCCAUUGCAUGUCAUCUCCAUUAGCCUCUAUGAUGGGAUCGUCUUCAUCUCAUAAUUAUUCAUCUAAUAUUACCUUAUUUAGCCAGAGCACGAAGAAAACUAGACCAAUUUCAUGGUGUCUUUAUUGAAUUUAGAUGGAUAGAGGGAAAGAUUUGGCAGAAGGGUCAUCCUGCGGUGGCGAUCCGGCAGCUGCGACGACGCCCAGCCGCUACGAGUCGCAGAAGAGGAGGGAUUGGAACACUUUCGGGCAGUUCUUGAGGAACCAACGGCCGCCAGUGGCGCUGUCUCAGUGCAGCAGCGGGCACGUGCUGGAGUUUCUGAGGUACUUGGAUCAGUUUGGGAAGACCAAGGUGCACUUGCAAGGCUGCAUCUUUUACGGGCAGCCAGAGCCGCCGGCACCUUGUACCUGCCCGCUGAGGCAGGCGUGGGGCAGCCUUGAUGCUCUCAUUGGGCGGCUGCGCGCAGCCUAUGAGGAGAACGGGGGGCCACAGGAGACGAACCCUUUUGCGAGUAGUGCAAUAAGGAUUUACUUGAGGGAAGUAAAGGAGAGUCAGGCUAAGGCAAGAGGGAUCCCUUACAAGAAGAAGAAGAAGGGUGGAAGUGGAAAGCCUGAUGAUGACUCCAGCACUUCUUCAAUCCCAUUUUCUUGAUCCUGAUUACUCAUCAACUAUUGGUAACACUCUAUCCAAGUAUGCCCAUUUUCUGGGAAAGGAUAAUUUCAAGAGUGUUAUGGUUAAUAUAUAGCUUGCUUCUACAUAUAUACGUCUAUAUAUAUAUUCCUUUCGUUU